AUGGCGUUACGCGGUAUCCGCGUUUAUGGUUCUUCCUCUUCUACCCAAAAUUCAAGCGAAUAUUCUGUUUUGUUGGAAGCUACUUUAAAUGAAAAAUAUAUUUUGUGUCAAUCUGGGGGAAUGGAUGAAAUAAGUAAAGAAUUGGCUAAUUUAUUAAAAUCUGGUGGGGGAUAUCAAAUGAUUUUGGAUGGAUUUGCGUCUCUUGGAAUUUUGCAGUUGGGGGCAGGAGAUGAUUAUCUUGUAUUAAUAAUUGGUGUACUUUCUGUUGGGCAAAUUUAUACUUCUGACAUUUUUAAAAUUUCCAACGUAAAAUUUGUUUCACUUAUUCGAAGAGAAUCUGAGCCGUCCGACCAAAGAAUUAUUGAGCUUCAAAGGUUUCUCUCUUCUGGCAACUUUUAUUUUUCAAAUUCAACUGUUCGGGAUAAAACGUUUGAUUUAACUGUGUCAUCUCAAAGGAAACAGACGAGUGAGCAAAUGGAAGAUGAUUUUCGGUUUUUCUGGAACAGAAAUUUGUCAUUUCCAUUGGAAAGAUUUGGAAUAGACCCAAACGAUUGGAUUGUUCGUUGUUUAUGCGGUUCUGUUUUAAUUAGAACAAUUUAUUUGGGGCAUAGAACUGCAAAGAUAAUGCUUAUAUCGAGACUAAGUUUUGAACAUGUCGGAACUCGUUUUAAUGUUAGAGGAAUUAAUGACGAUGGAAACGUUGCCAAUUUUGUGGAAACAGAACAGAUUGUUACUUUUGAUAAACAAGAAUGUUCAUUUCUUCAAAUCAGAGGAUCGAUUCCCCUAUUUUGGGAACAACCAGGAAUUAAUGUGGGUGCACACACUGUGAAAAUGAAGCCUUUGGAACUUUCAUUGGUUGCGUUAGAAAAACAUUUUAUUCAAUUAAAACGUGUUUAUGGCAAAAUUUUGGUUGUUAAUUUGCUUGGAUCAAAAAAGGGUGAAUUUGCAUUGUCGACAGCAUUUCAGUCAGCAUUAAAAUCCUCUUCCCAUUUUGAUGUAAAAAUUGUUUCAUUUGAUUACCAUGCAGAAGUUAAACAAUCUAAAGAAAAUUUGAGAUUUUUGGUUAAACAAAUAAGUUCAUUCUUUGAUGAAAAUGAUUUUUUUUAUUUGGAUGAUGGAGUUGUUUUGAGAAGACAACACGGAGUAAUUAGGACCAAUUGUCUUGAUAAUCUUGACAGGACAAAUAGUGUACAGACGUUAAUCGGAAUCAGAGCACUUUUCAAUCAAUUAACUUGCCUUGGUGUAGAAAAAUUUAAAUCUAAUAUAAUUUUGAGAUGUGAAGAAUUAGUUAGGGAUAUGUGGCAAAAGAAUGGGGAUCAAUGCAGUUUAAUUUAUGCUGGAACGGGGGCUUUGGAAGGAAAAUCGAAGUUGAGAGAUGCAAGUCGUUCAAUAGUUCGAACAAUUCAAAAUAAUUUGAUGGAUUCUUCAAAACAAGAAGCUUUUGAUUUGAUUUUGUAUGGACAUUUACUUGCUGAUUCUAAUUUUGUUAAAAUUUCACAAAUUUUUCCUUCUUCGUUAUUGAAAGAAUGCCCAAAUUUGGAAGCUUUUGUUGAAAGAGAAAAAGAAUUUUGUGUUCAAGUACCUUUAAAAAUUUUUUGUGGAACUUGGAAUGUUAAUGGAGGGAAGAAUUUGAAUAAUGUUGCUUUUAAAGGGGGAAAUUUGCUAAAUUCCUGGAUUUUUCCUGAAAAUUUGUGUAAGGAGGUUUUUUUGAUUUUUUUGGGUUUUUAAGAAAAGGAUUCAGAUAAAAUAAAAUUGCAAGGGAAUUUUAAGGGGGUUUUUGUUGUGAGUUUUUCUUUUUUUACCUCUUCAUUAAAUCAGUCAAAAAUUAUUAAUUUUUUGGAUAUACAUAUA